UUCGAAUAGACCUCCACCGUUAACUAACAACGAUUAGUUCUCUGCCACAAGUCGACUGGUGAUUAACGAUUUUAUAUUUUCUAGAUUUUAAUUUUCAGUCUUAUAAGUUUUAUUCGCUUCUCCUUUAAUUUUUCUUUAUUAAUUAUUUCAACUUCUCAAAGCAACAAUUAUGUCUACAUUUAGAAGAGGUUCAAUUUUCCAAAACCAAGACAUUCCGGAAAUAACUUCUCCUUCAGUGGGUCAAGAUAGAAGCACUAGAGACUACAACAGCUUCUUUUCUUCACCUGAUCUGAUUUUAAGUCCGACGAGAAAUUCUGGAGAUUACUUUAGUUCUAUUUCAGAAUUAUAUGCCUUAAAUAAACCGCGAAAUUCAAUGAUGAGUCGACAAUCUGUUCCUAAUUUUUCUACACCAUUAAGACAAUAUACUGUUCAAGAACAAUUAGGUAAUAUAAGACGAAAUUCUCUCCAUUUUCCAUACCUCGCGGACCGAAACAUUACUAAUAUGACUGAUUUUGGAAACUUAAGUCAAACCAAAGAUGGUGCUAGUGACAUUGGGAAUAAAAAUUUGCGACGACCUAAAUUAGAUUUGUCAUUUACGUCUUAUGGUUAUCAGAGCCCACAACAACAGUAUCGUGUAUCUCCUACAUACAGUGAUGGUAGUGAUCCUUUAAUUUCACAUUUGAUGAUGGGAGGGUCCAGAUCAAAUACUCCCGACGAUUCAGAUGUAUCUAAUAGCCCAGAAGCUAUGUCUGAUUUAAUAAAUCAAGUGAAUAUUAAUCCUUAUGGUUCUUCUCCGUUAACUGAACAAGACCUAGCAAAUAUGCAACGGAUAUCGAAUGGGAGAUUGUCAGUGGGUGAAAAUAUACAUCAUCAAACCCAAAAUUUAUUAAGCUCGUUAUUGGUUAAUCAAAGUCAAUAUCCCACUCGAUAUGGUUCACCUGCUGCUAGUCAGUCACCAGUUUAUGAAAAAAGAUCCCCUCCUCCGUUUUGGUCUCCUACAAAGCCGAAAAAUGACAACAAUAAUAAUCUGGUGGAAAAUCGAAAUUUAAACCGCAAUGUUAAUAGUGGAUUACAUAAAGAUCCUAUAUUUACUUGGAGUGGACAACUGCCUAAAAUUGUACAUAAUUCCCCGACUUAUUCAUGCAAAGUAUUUUUGGGAGGUGUACCAUGGGAUAUAACUGAAGAUGGUUUAAUUAUGGCAUUUAGUAAAUUUGGAUCUAUCAAAGUUGAAUGGCCAGGAACAUCAACUAAUUUAAAUCAGCCCAAAGGUUAUGUCUAUAUAAUUAUGCAGUCCGAUCAAAUGGUCAAACAAUUGUUGGAGUCUUGUACAAGUGGUGGAAAUUAUUAUUUUAAAAUAUCAUCGCGCAAAAUGAAAGGAAAAGAAGUUCAAGUAAUUCCAUGGUUGAUAAAUGACAGUAAUUAUGUUAAACAUCCAUCUCAAAAAUUGGAUCCCACUCGAACUGUAUUUGUAGGUGCCUUGCAUGGAAUGAUGAAUGCUCAAGGUUUAUUUAAAAUAAUGGAUGAUUUGUUUGGCAAUGUUUCUUAUGCAGGAAUUGAUACAGAUAAAUAUAAGUAUCCAAUUGGAUCUGGUAGAAUAACAUUUUCUACUUAUCAGUCUUAUACUAAAGCUGUCGCUGCUUCUUUUGUAGAAGUCAAAACUCCUAAAUUUUGUAAAAAGAUUCAGGUUGAUCCAUACUUGGAAGACAGUGCUUGUGGUGUUUGUAACAUUCAACUUGGACCAUACUUCUGUAGAGAUCAAUUAUGUUAUCGUUACUAUUGCCGUGGAUGUUGGAAUUGGAAACAUACAAGUCCUGCAUUAAGUACUCAUCGUCCGUUAAUGCGCAAUUCUAAGCAUACUCCAACUAGUAUUAGUUCACCGCCAAGAUUUACAUCUCCAAAUAAUAACAGUUUUUCGCCUACUCAUAAUCCGUUUGAAGUGGAACUAUGAAUUUAAAGCCAACAACUUCUAUAUUUUUUUGUUAUUUGUUAUCUUCUGAAAAUUUAUUGUGUAUUAAGAGUACAAUUUUGUUAAAUUUCUUUAUAAAAGUUCUUUAUUUUUAAGAUAAGUACAAACAAUUUAAAAUUACUGGGAUUUCUUAUAAACAUCAGUGUCUAUUUUUUUUUUUUUUUUAA